AGUUGGAUCGGAAACUUCUGUAGUGCGCUAACUGAUAAGAUACCAUCGUAAGAGUUUAAGCUACAAUAAUGCGCCUGAAAACAGUUUUAACCGUCUUUUUCGUCAUAUCGCUGACUCUGGUUGCUGGUCAAGAACGGGACUGUGACGAAUUGGCAAGGAAAUGUGAAUCCUGUGUGAGGCGUCUAAAUAAUUCAAUCGAUCGCGAUUUACCCCUGUUCAAUAAGGAGUGCAGACAAAGGACCCAAUUAUCUUGGCGCUGGAGGAACGUCGGACGCUGUGAGCUCUCCAAGCUAAAUUGCUUGGGUUGGCAAUCACCCAUGAACUGUGAAGACAUUGCUAUGAGGGCUGGUAUGGAACGCAGGCGUACUUAAUGAGCAUCCACUAAUGCAUAAAUGAAAUGAUUAAAAAAAAAAAACUAAAGAGAGCAUCGAAGUAAAAAACCAAGUUAUUUUAUUUGCUAUACAAUUCAAAUUUCUUCGCGCCACUUAUGCAUCGCAUAUCGCACUAUCCGAUCUUCAAUUUCAUGUUCAAUGUGUGGAUCAUGCUGACCGUAAUCUGUAUCUUGCUGAUUUUCUGGAUUUUUAGACAAACGUAGAAAAUAUAAAUUUCGCUGGACUUUUGUUUUAUCAUUCAUACUACCUUCAAAAUAAUCCAUUCCAGUGGUAUAAUGAUCAACGUAGGAUUCGGAAUAAUUAUCAGUUGAUACAUCUACUUGAGGAUCUGGGUGGUUAGUACUGUCAUGGUUUUCAUUGUGAUAAUCAUA